UUUAACUCACGGGAUGGGCAUGAAAUCUAACUUAAUUUACGCGUUGAUCAUGCUGUGCUCUGGAGGUUGUACUGCAGUAUUGAUUCAUCGUGGCUUACACGGGUAUUACGGCAUGGGAAUCCACAGCUUCAACAUAUCAUUUCUUCUAGUGCUUCCUUCGUUUGUUGUGCUCAUCAAAAUCCAACGUGGUCUUCGGUUCACGGCAAGGAAGAUAUUUCUUCGCUGGAAAACCCACGUUAUUGCCGUCCUCCUUUCGUUAUGUUUGGUUGUGUAUUAUUUAUCAGCUAAUGGUCUCUGGUAUGCACAACAUCCAAGCAUCACAAAAGCAAUGUGUAAAAAACUUUUAAAGUUUGCCAAAUUUGCACAGUCCAAUGGGAUCACCGAGUGGUGGUUAACCAUGGGGGAUCUUCUAGCUGUUCAAAGAGGUCUCGACCAGCCACUUUAUUGGGAACACGACAUCGAUGUUUGCAUGAMUACUGAACAAUUCACCGUCUUUAAAAAAUCUCUCGCUUCAAACCCAGACUUUUUCCACCCAAAGCCUGAAUAUAUAAAAGCUGAUCAUCUGUAUCUCCCGAUAGACAUGGAUAAGCUUGGACUUCUAAGUACCACGAAAAGGACCGCAGAGGGAGUAAAUAUUGAUAUUUGGACGUGUACAAAACUUGUAGCAAACGUGACGCGUGUUUCUUACUGCAAUGGGUUAAUGAAUUUCCCGAAGUCAAAGUUAGAAAGACGUGCAUUACUGAAAAGUUAUUAUGGUGAUUUUUCUGUAGUUAAAUAUUCCCACCAUACAUGGAUGUGUAAUAUAUGGACAGGUUAAUCACAUUGUGCACCCUGAGUCUGAAUUUUCCUAUGUGAGGUAUUUUGUCAUUAAGGUGAAAAAUGGGAAAUUGCAUUAUUUUUCUGUUCUCUGUCCUCGAGAAAAUAUGAAAAACAACAUUAUACUGCAGCACAUUGUAAGGCCUUCCUUGUAAUUGCCAUCCAGUUYGAAUUCUUUGAACAGGAAAACAGCUAUGAAAAUUAUGUGGGUACUAGCAAAAUGGUUUGGGGUAUUUAUUUGGUAUAAAAAAGAGAAUAGUCUAAGGCAAAGACAAAAGGGAGUAACACUUAAUAAAAUGUGAUUAUCUAAAUUUCCCACUAAAUAUAAAGAACCAUUCGAUAUUUUGUUUUCCUUUGCUUCAGAAGAUUGAAUAAAACCAUAGUAACUAUA